CCAGACAGUUCAGAGCCUCUGGCAGCGUGCAGCAGCUGGACACAAGGAGGAGGGGAUGGACAGGAAGCCCCUGGUGUAUCCAGGAGAUCAGUUUCUACCUUCUGAAGAGCCAAAGAGGAGCCAGCACGAUGGCAGGGAAGCCUGUGAAGAAGUCCUCCAUCCCUGGAGUGAGCAUCCGGCAGCUGGUGGAGGAAAUUCCUGAAGGCUGCAGCACACCGGACUUUGAACAGAAGCCGAUCACCUUGGCUCUGCAGGAGGGGAAAAAUGCCAUCUUCCGGGCUGUGGUCUGCGGGGAGCCCAGACCUGAAGUGCACUGGCUGAGCACCAAAGGAGACCUCAGCAACUCCAGCAAAUACCAGAUCUCCUCGACCCCAGGCAGCAAGGAGCAUGUGCUGCAGAUUAACAAGCUGAUGGGCGAGGACGCAGAUCUGUACCGCUGCACCGCUGUGAACAUGUAUGGAGAGGCCACAUGCACAGCAAGGCUCACUGUCAUUGAAGUUGGCUUUCGGAAGAACCGGAAGAGACAGAAGGAACCCCAGGAAGACCUCAAGAAGGAAAUAAUGGACUUCAGGAAGAUGCUGAAAAAGAGGGCCCCACCUCCAGCUCCUGAAAAGAAGGUGGAGCUUGAGCAGGUGUGGCAGCUGCUGAUGAAUGCCGACCGGAAGGACUACGAGAAGAUCUGCUUAAAGUACGGUAUUGUGGACUUCCGGGGGAUGCUGCGUAAGCUGCAGGAGAUGAAGAAGGAGCAGGAGGAUGAGAUAGCAAAGUAUGUCAACGCCGUCUCCAACUUGAGACACAUCAGGGUCUCCAAGGAGGGGAUCGCCACGUUUGAUCUGGAGCUCGAUCUCAAGGACCUCGAGAGCAAGAUUUACUUGUAUAAGGAUGGUGAGAUGAUCCCUUAUGGCUUCAAUAACCAGACCAAGCACUGUCUUCGGCGGCUAGGGAAACGGUAUUACUUCCAGGUCCAGGACCUGCACCCAGAGGACGCUGGCCUUUACCAGGUCAAGGUAGAGGACGUUGUGGUCUUCUCCACAGAGCUGGAGGCUGAUGCUGUUCCCCCCAGAGUUGUAGUCCCCCUGGCCGAAACCCACUGUGAGGAGCAGGGAGAUGCAAUAUUUGAAUGUACUCUCUCCAAACCCUGCCCCAAAGCUACGUGGUUUUUCCAGCACCAGCCACUCCGGCUCAGUGACAAAUAUGAAGCAAUUGUGUCACCUGAUGGGCUCACUCAUCGGCUGCUGGUGAGGGGGGCCCGCCUCUCAGACAGGGGCCUCUAUUCUCUGAGCACAGGGCUCCAUGCCUCCAGUGCUUGGCUGGUGGUUGAAGCUGGGAAGGAGAAAGGCCUUCAGACCACAAGUGCUGACCGCCAGCUGCAGACACAAGGAGCUAAGGCCUCAGAUGCAGAAGACUCCAAGGGCGUCAGUGGCAAGGGAGGGAAAGCCAGAGAGAAGGGCCCCAUGGGGGGCUCCAUCAAGGGGACUGGGCUGGCUUCUGGGCUUCAGCUCACUGUGGGCCCAGACCUCGGUGGCCCUGGCAGGCAUGGCUCCUCCUUGAUGGGGGGUGAAGAGGAAGCCCACUCAGCCUGGGCCCCUGGGAAGGAGAAAAAGGAUUUUCUAGAAGCAGAGGGAGACAGAGCCAUUCUAUCAGGACGAAAUCAGCCCCACCCAGAAGGAGACUGGAAUGGGAGCCUCCUAGGGAGGUCUCAUCUGCAGGGAGAAGGCUUGGGAUUCAUGGAAAGAGAACAUCAAGGCAGUGACAGAGAAGGGGACAGAAACUGGGAGACAGAAGGACGCUGGGAGGCUGGGUACAGUCACCCUCAAGGUGGAGGACUGAGGAACGGCAGGGAAGGAAGGGAUCCCAGAGAGGACAACGGCAGCCGACUGGAUAGACAUGGCCAGGAGCAACUCUGGGAUGCUCAGCUGCGACCUGGGACAGGGAAGAGGGCUCUGUGGGAAUCCCAGUUUGAUCCUGAGAGAUGUUGGUCAGAAGAAGAGGGGAUGGAAAGCAUUCUACAAGGGGAUCCCCUGGCUGAGAUGGAGGGAAGAGAUGGCCUGAGCAGGGAAAUGGGGAGGGGAGCAGCAGGGGAAGUGUGUGCUAGAGGCCCUGGCUUAGAGGAAGCUGGAGACAGCAGUGGGGUAGUAGGUCCUGGUACCCUGGAGUUUCCCAGAGGAGGAGGUUCCAGCUCCAAGGCAGGCAUGGGCCCUGAGUCCUGGGGCUCUCAGGGAGGUGGAGAUGCUGGUGAUGGGGAAGCCCCAGGGUACUGGGGGACAGGAGAGUAUUCAGGACAGACACUUAGAGACAAGUACCUCCAAGAACCCUCACUAUCCAGAAGUGGGAAGUUCAUUCCAAGGGGCAGGAGUCCUGAAAUCAAAGCUGAGGACUCACUGCAGGGGGUAGAUGACCUAGGGUCUGGAAAGACUAUAGUUAGGGGAAGAGGCUAUAAAACUGGCCCUGGGGGCCCAGGAGAUCCCAGCGACUGGAAAGGUGAUGUACAAGAACUCCAGGGAAAGAAUGGCCAGUUCACAGCUGGGGCCUUAAGUAGGAGAGAGGAUGUAUCCAGAAGCCUUCAGUUUCCCCAGAGCUGGACAUCAGGGCAGAAGGGAGCAGGCGAGCCUGGCAGGAUGGAGUCUGAGAGCCCAGGUCCUCAGGAUGAUACAUGGUCGCAUCUCAGAAAGACCAGGACCCACCUUGAGCCUGGAAUUCUGGGGCCCAGUGGAGGGGAAGGGGGUGAUGCCCAAGCAGCUGAGUUGAUGCAGUCUGAUCAGGAGGGAGAUGCCAGAAGUCCCAGGUUGAUUAGGGCUCCAGGUGAGGGUACUCAAGGAUCUGGAGGGACACUAGGAGACACAAAAGGAUUAAGGGAGCCAGAGGCAGUAGGGCCCAGACCAGAUUUCUGGAAUGGGUCAGGAAGCAUUAGAGAAGGACCCAGAGGAGAGAUGGGCUACAAAGAUGGUUUAGAAGGUCCAGGUCGAGUGGAAUCUAGGUAUGGGGACAGCUCAGAGUAUUCUAGGGGAAUAGGCCCUAGAAAUGGAGUUGCUUACAGUGAUGGCACAGGGGUUCCACGAGAAAUGGGAUCUGGUCAUGAUGCUGGGUAUAGAGUUGCCUCUGGGUUACCUGUUGGAACAGAGUCUGAGGAAGGAGAUGCUUACAGGCAUGGAUCAAAGAUGCCUGGAGGAAUGUGGCCUGAAAACCAAGAUCACCAUGGUCCUGCAGGAAGGGGGCCUGGGAGAGCUGCCAGUCUCAGGAAUGGUUCAAGGGGCUCCAGUGGGGUGUCCAUAGGUGAAGCCUGCAGUUGGGAUCCAUCCAGAGGCCAGGAGCAAACAGGCCCUGAAGGAGGGCACCAUUUUGAUGGUGGUUUAUGGGGUCCUGGGACAGUGGGGUCUGUGGAUGGAGGUAGUCUCAAGGCCUUUGGAACAGCAGAUGCUGUUGGGGAGGGAUAUGUGGAAGCAGAAGGGGAUUCUGCAAGAAUAAAGCCUUGGGGUCAGAGUGCAGAUUCUGGGGGCUUCAGAGCCACAGGAGCUCUGGGGACAUUUGGAGAAGGUGGCUAUGAAGAUAGCAUAGGGGGUUCAACAGCCACAGAGCCAGGGUCUCUGAGAGCAGGAGGCAAAGAUGGUGAUGGAGAUGGGACAAGGUUCCUUGGUGCCAGGGCCUCUGGAGCUAGAACUGGGUAUCGGGACAAUAGCCGGCACCUGGAAGCAUCAGCUCCUCAUGCUGGGGCUGCUUCUGAGAGCCAGUGGGCUGAGGGGUCUGGCAGUAUGCUGGGUUAUGGGAGUGGAUCUGAAAUUCCAGAGCCUCAGGGAACUGGGGAGAGAAGAGCUUAUAGAGAAGGGUCACAAGGGCUUGGGCCUGGGAAAACAGGGUCAAGGGGUGGGGCAAGCUGUAGAGACGGCUCAGGACACCUCAGAGGAAUGGGACCUGCAGAUGAUACAGGUUAUAGGAAUGGUACUGGGGGCUCUGGAGAAAUGGCGUCGGGAGGAGAGGCAGGUUAUAGAAAUGUUUUAGGGGGUUCUGGGAAGAUUCCAUUAGGAAGUGAGACAGCUUUUAAGGAUGGUUUUGGGGAACCUGGGGAAACAGGCGUGGGAAAUGAAGUCGGUUAUAGAGGAAGCUCUGGAGGAUCUGGGGAAAUGGAGCCAGAGGGUGAGAUGUGCUACGGAGGUGGUUCUGGGAGGUUUGGAGUAUCAGGAUCACUGGCCAGAAUGGGACAUGAAGCCAAGGAACGUGGGUCAGGACCUGAAAGUGGUACAAGCUCCAAGGAUGGUCCAGAGAGAAGCAGAGGAAAGGGACUCACCAAUAGGACAGGUCCUGGAGUGGGCUCUGGGAUGGCUGGAAUGCCUCAUAAGGUUGGCACAGCACACAUGGACAGCCCCAAGUGCCCAGGGGUGUUGGGGACACAGGAAGGGCCACAGAUGCUUUCAGAUGGAUUGAGUUCCAAAAACAGUGUUGGGGGCUAUGAAACCUCAGGAAUCUCUGAUUCCUUGGGGACUCUUGGUUCCAUGGGAAAAUCGGGUGUCAGGCAGAGGUCUAGCGGCACAGAGGACUCAGGUGUCCUGGGUAAGGGGAAUUCCACUGAGUUGAAGGAUGGCCUCACCCCUAAACCUGGGGAAUUAGGACCCCAGGGAACCUGGAAUGGCUUAGAUGUUUCCCCUGGUAGAAGAGUCUCUAAAGAUGAUCCUGGGAGGAGUUCCCAGUGGAGAGGAGGUCCCAGUGGGGAGGGUGGAUCUGCUGACGAAGCAGGGAGGAUGGGAGCUUCCAGGUUUCUUGAUGAUAGGGGGGCAGUGAAGGAGGAGACCUGGGCAGGUACUGCUGCUCUGGAAUCUGGACACAAACAGGACUUUUGGAAAGCAGGCUCAGGGACAGUAUACAAGGCUAGAUUUGCAGACCAGGGGGCAGUUUCUCCUCAGGGAGGUGCAGACUCAGUGUCGGGAGGCAGAGGGUUGGGGGCAGGUUCUGAGAGCUCAUCAGGGACAGGACAGAGUGUGGACAGCAGUUCUGUGCCUCAGGGAAGAGGCAAGUCAGCUUUAGGGCCAGCCGAUGAGCAAGCAGGGAGCCAUGUGUGGGCCCCAGGCUGGGAAGACCAGGGGUGUGGCCAAGGCAGCAUGGGUGCUGGGAACCAAACCUCAAGCUCCAGGGCUUCCAGUUCUCUCCAAGAGAAAGAUGCCAGUACCAGUAGAACGCAUGAGGGGCUAGGGGGUUCUAGAGGCACAGGACUUGUGCCAGGCCAAGAGGCUGCUGAUAAAUAUCCAGGUCCAUGGUCCCGGGAGUGUAGAGGUUCAGGUUCCAGGAGGCGGAGGUCUAGCGGCACAGAGGACUUAGGUGUCCUGGGUAAGGGGAAUUCCACUGAGUUGAAGGAUGGCCUCACCCCUAAACCUGGGGAAUUAGGACCCCAGGGAACCUGGAAUGGCUUAGAUGUUUCCUCUGGUAGAAGAGUCUCUAAAGGUGGAUUGGGAGGGAUCCAGGGCCUUGGCUAUCAGCCAGGGGAAAAGGGGCCAUUCGGGGAGCAGGGGUCCCUAAAAGGCAAGAAUGGCAUGGCCCAAGGUCCCGAGGGCCUAAAGGAGUAUGAGAAGCAGGAGGCAGAAGAGUUUGCUAGGUCAGGCCAAAGGUCUGGUCCCCGCAGGAGCAGGUGUCAGGCAGUGUCAGGGGCUGAGGUCGGACCAGCAAAGAGGAGCGCAGAGGAGGCCAGAGGCGUGAGACCGCAGUUUGGCAGUGAAGAUGAAGGGUACCUGGGGGAGACUUGGAGUGAAGACGGGAGCUGGGGAUCCCCCAGGCAUCCUGACAGCAGGAGAGGUGCCAAAGAGGGCAAGUCGGAUGUCUGUGAUGAGGGGCGGGAUGCCACCCAGAGCCCCAGAUCCAGAUACAAGGCCAGCACUGGCAGUUUCUCCACGGAAGCCCAAGGAUCCACAGGCCACUUCUCUCAAGGACUGGCUGACAUGGAGGUGCAACAGGGUGAGGCCGCCACACUAUCCUGCACCCUCACCAGGGACCUGGGACCCGGUGCCUGGUUUAAGGAUGGAGUCAAGCUCACUGCCCAGGAUGGCAUCAUCUUAGAGCAAGACGGGCUUGUGCACAGACUCCAGAUUGCCCACGUGCAGAGGGCUCAGGCUGGAAAGUACACAUUUGUAGCAGGCAACCAGCAAAGUGAGGCUACCCUGGCCGUCCACGAUCCCCCAACCAUAUCUCCAGAUGUGACAGAGAAACUGAAGGAACCAUUGGUGGUCAAGGCUGGGCAGCCAGUAACAAUGAAGAUCCCUUUCCAGAGUCGCCUCCCUGUUCAGGCUUUCUGGAGGAAGGAUGGGGCUGAGGUGGUGGGCAGCAGCCGCAGGGGUGCCCAGGUGGCCCUGGGAGAUGGCUACACACGGCUGUGCCUCCCUAGCACCACCAGGAAGGACAGUGGCCAGUACAGCGUGACACUGAGGAGUGAGGGAGGCUCUGCGCAGGCUGACGUCAUACUGCAAGUCAUAGACAAGCCUCAGGCUCCACAGGGCCCCCUGAAGGUGCAGGAUUGCCACAAGGCUGGUGUCCACCUCUCCUGGAGACCCCCCAGGGAAGAUGGGGGCCGGACCGUGGAGCACUACAUGGUGGAAAGGCGACAGGCUGGCAGAAGCACUUGGCUGAAUGUCGGCAAGUCACCCCCAGAGAGCACUACCUUCAUGGACGCCGGUGUGGAGCAGGGCAGAAAGUACACCUACCGUGUGAGGGCCGUGACCUCAGAGGGGCCCGGGGAGGCCCUGGAGUCUGAGGAGGUGCUGGUGGCUCCUGAGGCUCUCCCAGGGCCCCCCUCUGCCCCAACCAUUUUGUCAGCUUCUAGCCAGGGCAUCACUAUAACAUGGACAGCACCUCGGGGCCAUGGCAGUGCCCAGGUUCUGAGUUACCUGAUUGAGAAGUGCAAGAAGGGGAGCAACACCUGGACAGCUGUGAAUAAACAGCUCAUGCCUGAGAGGAGAUACACUGUGGCAGAUGUGCGGCAGGGCUGUCAAUAUCAGUUCCGGGUCACGGCUGUUGCUCCCUCAGGCCCUGGAGAGCCUGGGCCCCCAUCGGAUGCUGUCUUUGCCCGGGACCCCAUGAGACCUCCAGGGCCCGUGCGGGAUCUCCAGGUCACAGACACAUCAAACACCAGCAUCUCCCUGAGCUGGGUGGGGCCGGACCCUCAGGACGGAGACGACGCCCAAGGGUACCUGGUGGAGCUGUGUGGCUCAGACAGUCUCCAGUGGAGCCCAUGCCAUGGAGGCACGGUGUCAGGCACCACCUUCACAGCAAAGGGGCUACGGCCUCAAGAGGGCUAUUUUGUGCGGGUAACAGCAGUCAACGAUGGGGGCUGCAGCCAGCCCACUGCCCUGGACACAUUAGUGCAUGCCACGCCUCUCACUGUCUCCCCUAAGUUCCUCAUGGACUCUAGCAGGAAGGACUCGCUGACAGUCAGAGCUGGGGACACCCUUCGUGUGCCUGUUUCCUUUGAAGCUGCCCCCAUGCCUGAGGUGACCUGGCUGAAAGAUGGCCUGCCCUUGCCCAAAAGAAGCGUGACCACCACCAAGGAUGGCGUCACCCAGCUUCUGAUUCCUGUGGCCAGCCUCGCAGACAGCGGCCGCUAUGCGGUGGUGCUGAGGGACCUUCAAGGAAAGGAGUACACCUACAGUUUCCUCGUCAGGGUGGCAGCAUGGCCACAGGCCCCUGGGCCCAUACGCCUGCAGGAAAAUGUGCCUGGGACAGUGACAGUCCAGUGGGAGCCCUCUCCGGACGAGGCCCAGGGCAUCCCCCUGCACUACACCGUGCUGAUGCGCUCCUCGUCACAUGGUUCCUGGCAGGAGGUGGCUGACCGUGUCCACACCAACCGCUUCACUCUUCUGGGUGUCCUCCCUGGCCAUGAGUACCACUUCCGGGUGGUGGCCAAGAGUGAGCUGGGUGCCAGCAGACCAUCAGACACCACCCAGCCCUGGUGCCUCCUUCGGCAACGAGACAGGUUCACAGUGAAGACACCUCGCUACCGGGACUCCGAUCUGAGCCAGAAGCCGCGGUUCCUGGUGGGCCUUCGGACCCACCUGGUGCCCCAGGGCUGUGAGUGCCACAUGACCUGUGCAGUUCAGGGCUCACCCCGGCCCCACAUCACCUGGUUCAAGAACGGCCAGAGCCUGGAAGGACACAAGGCAGCCUACAGCACUGACAUGCUAGGCGUGUGCUCCCUUGUCAUCCCCAGUGUCUCCCCUGAGGACAGGGGCCAGUACAAGGUGGUAGCCGAGAACCCGCUGGGCCAGGCUGUCAGCACUGCUACCCUCAUUGUCACAGGUAUUGGUGGCUGUCCUGAGGUGGGCUGAGUUAGCAGGGGCAGGGGAAGAGGAGCCAGAAGAGAGGCCGGCUGCCCUGUGCUCGGUGGAGUGAUUUGGUUGGCAUCAGGGGAGCAGCAUUCAUUGCUGGAUUCUGUGUGCACUCUGCUGUUAAUUCUGGCUGUCACACCUUGAUGUACAUGUUUAUAGCAGCCACUGGGACUAGAUGAGCCACUCCUGACUAUGGGACCAUGUGCUGCCUAUUCAAGCUCCCAGCCUGGCUUCCUAUAGGUCUCAGCAUGGGAGAUGAGUGGUUUCUUCCGGGUACCCUGUGAUAAAUACACCCAAAUGUGGACAUUUAGUGCCUGGAAAGCCAAGCUGGGCUCCUUUUCAGUAAGAGAAAUAAUAUUAGUGAUCAAAACAUAUGGUGAAUGUUAAAUUAAAAAUGUUAUUACAGUAAGAGACACAUUCCCACAAAUCCCCCUUAGAAUACUCCCCCUCACUUUGAACACAUCUAUCCCAACAUUCUUUCCCCUUCGUGAAGCAGUUCUGCAAGUCCUCUUUCAUGAGCUGACCAGAAAGAUGGUAAAUACCAUUGCUGAGUGCCAGGUCACAAAAAGGCAGGCUUGUAAGAACACUCUGGUGGUUUCUCAUCCACCUUAUUCAUCAGAUCUGGCACUGUGUAACUUCUUGCUUCUCCCCAAUGUCAAAAUGACCAUGAAAG